GUUCAAGCAGUGCAGACAAACUAAUAAAAUGUGGACAGUUUUGAUUUUAAUACUGAGCGCAGCUUAUUUAUUUUAUAAAUGGUAUACUCAAAAAUAUGACUAUUUUGAGACACGCGGAAUUCCUUAUAUAAAAGCAAAAUUUCCUUUAGGGAAUUUGCCAAAUGCAAUUUUAUUUAUGAGGAAUUUUUUGUAUGAUUUUGAUGACAUUUAUCAACAAUUUCGUGGAAAAGAGUCUUUAGUUGGAUACUUUGAAACUAGAUCACCACAGUUUCUGAUUCUGUCACCAGAUAUUGCCAAAAAGAUUUUGACCACACAUUUUGCAAGUUUUCACGACAAUGAAUUUAGUAAUUUGUUCACUGUUGAAAUGGAACCGGUGAUGGCUAGAAAUCCAUUCAUCUUGAAAGGUCAAGAAUGGAAGGAAAAACGAGCAGAGAUUACACCUGCAUUUACUAGCAGUAGACUUCGUGCCUGCUUUCCACUCAUUGAGGAAGUUCUGAUAAAAUUCACAAAAUAUAUCAGAGAUGAAUUCGAAAAAGAUAACAACAAAAUCUUUGAUGUACGUAACAUUUGCCAUAGAUUCACAGUUGAUGCUGUAUCCAGCUGCAUUUUUAACGCUGAUGCUCAGUCCUUUGCUUCGGAGAAACCUGAAAUAGCAGAAAUGGGAAGGAAACUUGUUGAAUUUCAUGGCAUCAUCCAGUUUAUUCAAUUCAUGCUGAUUUCAAUGUUCCCAAAUAUCCGAAAGUACUUUAAAAUGCCCAUGGUCGAUAAAGUAGCUGAGAACUUCUUUAUAAAUUUAAUGCAACAAGCUGUUGAACUUCGUGAGACCAAUCCAAUUCCACGUGAAGAUUUUAUGUCAUUCUUGAUAGAGCUAAAGAAGAAAAAGUCAAUUUCUGAAAUAGAAAUGGCAGCACAUGGAGUUACAUUUUUUACCGAUGGAACUGAGACUAGUUCGUUGGCAAUUGCCCAUAUUUUAUAUGAGCUUGCUGACAACAAAAAGGCACAAGGAAAGCUGCGUAAAGAAAUUAACGAUAAAAUUAUUGAUGAAAAUGGAAAAAUCAUAUUUGAUAAAAUGCUCGAUAGUGAAUAUUUAAAUCAGGUUUUCUACGAAUCACUUCGACUUCAUGAGCCGAUUGGAAUAUACAAUAGGCAAUGUAAUGAAGAAACUGUCUUGGAUUGUGGAAAUGGCAAGCGAUACAAGGUCGAAAAGGGAAUGAGUGUGAAUAUUCCUAUCCAUUCCAUUCAUCGUGAUCCAGAUUACUACUUAAAUCCAAAUGAAUUUAUCCCUGAGAGAUUUGAUCCAGAAAACGGCGGACCUAAAGCAUUUGAAGAUCGUGGUGUGUUGCUGCCUUUUGGUGAUGGUCCGAGAAUUUGUUUGGGAAGAAGAUUUGCUGUGAUUCAAGUGAAAGCAGCUGUCGUUGAAAUUAUAAGGAAUUUCGAGAUGUCAGUUAAUGAGAAGACCCAACGUCCAUUAAUCAUCGACACAAGUACGUUCCUGAAUGCCAAGAAAGGAGGAUUAUGGCUAAAUAUUCAACCAAUAGUAUAGAAAAAAUUUCGGUCCACAAAUAAUAAAGAUAUAUUCCAAAACAAUAAAUUGUAUCUGCACUUUCCAUUGCCAA